CGCCCUUCCCCUCCCCUCCCCUCCCCUGGCCCUCCUCCUCCCGCGGAGCCAGCCCGGCCAGGCGGCAGCAUGGCGGACACGGCCUCUCACGUCUUGCUGGGCUCCGGCCUCACCGUCCUCUCGCAGCCCCUCAUGUACGUGAAGGUGCUGGUGCAGGUGGGAUAUGAACCCCUCCCUCCAACUCUGGGAAGAAAUAUUUUUGGGCGACAGGUCUAUCAGCUGCCUGGCCUCUUUGCUUAUGCUAAACAUAUUAUGAAGAUUGAUGGAAGGGCUGGACUCUUCAAAGGUUUGGCUCCUAGACUCUGCUCUGGGGCCAUUGGCACUAUAGUACAUAGUAAAGUUUUACAGCAUUGCCAGGAAGCUGACGAAACAGAGGAAUCAGGAACUAAUCCAAAGGAAUCAGGGUCUUCUCUGGAUCAAGUUAUUAAGGAGACUACGCAAGAAAUGAUUGCACGUUCUGCUGCUACGCUAGUCACCCACCCCUUUCAUGUGAUCACACUGAGGUGUAUGGUGCAGUUCAUUGGCAGAGAGACCAAGUACAGUGGAGUGUUCAGCUCUUUUGUUACCAUUUACCGGGAAGAAGGCGUCUUGGGAUUCUUUGCGGGCCUUAUUCCUCGCCUACUUGGGGACAUCCUGUCCUUGUGGCUCUGUAACAUGCUGGCCUACCUCAUCAAUACCUAUGCACUGGAGAAUGGGGUCUCCACAAUGUCUGAGAUGAAGAGUUAUUCUCAGGCUGUCACUGGAUUUUUUGCCAGUAUGCUGACUUACCCCUUUGUACUUGUCUCAAAUCUGAUGGCCAUUAAUAGCUGUGGGCUUGCUGGUGGUCUCCCCCCUUAUGCGCCAGCUUAUAGCUCCUGGUUACACUGCUGGAGCCAGCUGCAGAGGGAGGGCAACAUGAGCCGAGGGAACAGUCUGUUUUUCCGGAAGGUGCCUGCAGGGAAGCGGUAUGUGUGGGAGGAGAAGAGAUUCCACUGAGUCCCGGGCUUCAUGUGGCUGCUCCAGAUGCACAGAAAUGAUGGCAUUGUGUUGAUUUCUAUACAGUUCCUUUUUUAAAAAAAUCAUUUAAUCUUGGGAAAUGGACUUGGCUAUGAGCAUGACUUAAUGAAACAGGUACAAAGGGCGGUGUGCUUGUGGGAAAGAAUUUUAUUUUCGUCUUUUAGAUCAGUGGAGGGAGGCGGGGCAAUUGAUUGACAAAAAAUGGGUGUGGAGACAGUGGCUUACUCUCUUGUGAAUUUGGACAGUUCUUUACCUUUGCCUGAGAGAGGAAAGUGCUCUGGUGGAGAGCGGGAGAGAGGAAGGGCUCUAUUCCCAGUGUUCAGAUGGGACUGUAUCCCAUCCUUGGGCUACUAUGAACUGGUGUUAAACUACUGUACCUCCCCUGGAAAGAAAAGAUUCCAGGCAGAAUUGGAUUUUAUUGAGUCCUGCAUAUUUUAUCAAGGCCCUCUGGGUUCAUUUAUGGAAAGAGCAUCAAUAUUUUUCUCAUUUCCCCAGGAAAGUUUUUUUAAGCCUUCAUCCCUUCAGACAUAAUGCAACUCAGGCUUCAAAAGCCUAGAAUUUAAAUGACAAGUCCUGCUUGGCUAUGCUGCAAAUUAAACCUUACUUAGGACUGUUAUGGGAAAACCAAGUCCAACUCGAAGGAGAUUGGGAGAGUGUCUCUGUACUUUCCUAGCCACUCAGUUGCCCCCCAAUGGCCAGCACAGGAAGACAGUGCCAGAUUCAUGGAGAAGUAUUUAGCUCUUCACUAGGAAGUUAGGCAGCCUUUCUCACAGAAGUUACUGCAGGCAUUCAUGAAUGAAGGUUUAUGGCACUGGGGAGAAAACUCCCCCAUUUCCUCCUACUUCAGUUGUGAGGAGCUGCACAGUAGUGAUAACAGUGAACUUUGACCUUUUCUGUCCAUAAUGUGCUGAUCACUGUUCAGUAGCUGAAGUACUGGAGCACUUUGGAAACAUCUAGUUUUUAUAUGGAAUUUAUGCGUGAGCAAUCGUCUUCCGAAACUGAUAUUCUGCCAGAGUUAUUUGAAAAGUGUUAAAUAUGGUCCCUUGGAUUCCAGAUUCUCAAAAGGUGAAUGUUCUUGAUAUAAUUGCUACUUGAAAGCAUGCUUAUGAAACCACUGGCAGUGCUGAAUGUGGCCGGUUGACUCAGUAUGCCCUUAGGAAAGAUCUAUUAGCAUUUUUCAUGUUAAUAAAGAAUGUCAUUGAUCUAGACUUGUGUUAUGGUCCAACCAGCCAGUGAAUGCAAAAGAACGCAGCAAUGUGCUGGCUGCGCUUCCUGACCCUUCAAUUUCUAUCCAGAGGCAUCUUCUUUUCGUUUUCACUUCUUAUGAAAAGAACUUUCAUCUGUCUUCCAUCAUGCUAACAUCUCAAAAAAAGCUAUUAACUCAUUACAAGAAAUGAUUAUAACACUGGUAUAAUGAUAGUUUUUCUUCAAAAAUGACUCCUAAUGUCAUUACUUCUUUCAUGGAACUGGUAAUGCUUGUUCAUUCAUUGGCGAUGUUGGUGAAGGGAUCCCCUCGCCCCUCAAUUUUAGGCCAUUUUCUUAUUACUUCCAUUGACUUAAAAAAAUUAAAACCUUUCAACUGUAACAAGCAAUGUAAUAAAGAGUAUGGGUAUGGAGGAGGAGUGAUAAUUGGAAAAUAAAAGUGUAACAGGAACAACUUUUUAAAAACUAA